UGAGGAGGGUGCCUUCCCAGCUCCUACCCCCUCCCUACCAUGACUCUGCCUGGGAUAAACACCACACACACACUCCUCAGCUGCCAAACAGACGGAGGACGGAUGUCCUGACCAUGAGGGUGUUCGUCUACUUUGAGGGCUCCUGUGAGCCUUUUGACGUCCCUCCAGACCAGAUUGUGGGGGCCAUGAAGCAGAUGGUGAAGGAAAACUUUCUUGUGCAACUCUCCAAUGACAAGCAGGUCUGGGACUACCUGGAGCUAAGCUAUGGUGGUGGUGCUCUGCAGGACAGCUGGGCUCUGUGUGACGUGGGCAUCACCAGCGGCAGUGCCAUCCGAUGUCUGAUAAAGAGAGAACGGAGGCCUGUGAUGCAUGUGUUCAACGCCGUGACAGGAGAAAUCAUGCCCAUCACAGGAAGUGAGGCUGUUUUGCAUACGUCAGUUGCUAGAUUGAAAACAGUGGUGUCCGUGCAGAGCAGCCUCCCUGUCAGCACCUUCAGACUGAGUGUACUUCCAGCUGUGCAGCUCUAUGACUGCAACCGACUGCAAGACUAUGCCAUUGAAGUGGGCACUACUCUUCGUUUGGACACAUGGGAUGGGUGGGUGGAGCUCCUCCAAGGUUGCCUCCUGGGCCACAGAUUGAUGGUCCAGACCCAUCUGUCAGAGGAGAGGAUUGUGAUGAGGUUUCAGCUGAGGGUGGCGCUGUAUAUUGCUGCUUCUUUAGGUCACCUGGAUCUAGCAGGCUGGCUGCUGGAGAAGGGGGUGCAUGCUGAUGAAGCAGUGGGAGUCCAUCCGUACCGCCAGUGGUGCCACCAAACAGCUCACAGAGACGCCGGAAAGUGUCCCAUCCAUGUAGCUGUGGAGAGCAAUAAACUCCUCAUCCUCAAACUCUUCAUCACCAAGAACCCUUUGACCUUGGCUUGUCGGGACCCUGGUGGUCGUGACCCUUUGAAAAUUGCCAUUCAACACGGUCACAGGGAUUGUGUGCGCUACUUAGCCAACAAGCUGUGCUCAGUAGUAUCCCUGCCAAAUAUGUCCCUGCCCAUGCGCGUAUACCUCCAGAUGAAACACUGGAUGAGUUUGGGGCAGAAGAGAGUGGCCUCCAAUCGAUGCCAGUACACCAGUGCUCCACUCAAAGCCAGGGUGGGAGACAUGUUGCUGGUAGAUGGCUACAACCAGCCACAGAUGUCUUCCAAAUCCAGGAAAGCUGAGCCCAGACCAAGAAGAGGAAUCAGAGCCAAAGCCUUGCAACAGUUACCACCCAUCAGCAACUUAAUUUCAGCAUCACACCUCCCCACCAAAAGGGCACCACCCCGACUACCCAGCUUGCAGUCUGUGCACCCUGGUGGCUUUAAAGAGACAGGGAAAAGGUGGAAGCAGGAUGUAAAACAUAGAGAUGAAGGUCCCCUGGAUAAAAUGAAGAAGGGAGACAGCAGUCUUUGCAGGGGCAAGUUUACUCUCCCGCCAGUUACCAGCAUUCCCAAGCCAGUGUUUGUUGGUUCAUCACCAAAACCUUCCAGUAGUCUAACUGCGUCUCUGGGGUCCUGCUCUCAGCACUGUGGCCGAACACCAAGAGAAAAUGCCAUUACCUUCACAGAGAAACCAUGGUUGAAGCAGCUGAGCAUAGCACAGACUUUGGUCAGGAAGCAUGUCCACUCUGUGGCUUGAUACUCAUGGAUGCCAUCAAAACUGAUAUGUCCCAACCAGAUCAGUCACCCAUCAGCCUGACUGAAUGUGGGUCCCCCAUCAGCUGCCUGAAACACUGCUGACAAUGAAGGAUCCUUCAGAGUGACAAGUGGGGAGUGUAUCCCAUGCUUACUGUCACUAAAAAUUAAACGUCUCUGUCUUUAUGUGCUUAGCCAAAUGUCUGUCUUUCAUUACCCUUCACAGAAAGACAGAGUGAUAGACAUUAUGGAUGUAGACAUGUAAGUUUUUUUCUGCUUACUUACAGGAAGUUCAGUGAUUCAUGAAUGAAAAUUUUGUGUUGGACAAAAGUCCAAACAAGGACUGACCUUAGUUAUAAUGACUUGCCUUAAGUUGAAACUCAAGGCUAUAAGUGCACUUACGUACAGCAUGCACUGUAAUAUAUCUAUAUAUACUGAUGUAUAUUAAACACUGUGUUGGUAAAACUUUUACUAUGCAUUCGCGUUCAUUUUUAAAAUACAAAAACAUACUCCAGAAAUUAAGCUAGUGUUGCAUUAUUUCCAUUAAAUACUGCAGACCUUCUCGACGCCUUUGCAACUAAAAUAUUUCCGAACAAGUAAAGGCAGCACAAUCGCAUAAAAUCUCGCGAUGUUUGGAGUCUAGCCGACCCGCUUGUAAUGCUGUUGCCCCGCCAGUCAGUGAACAGCCGGGGAGUAGACAUGCUGAACCGCCAGGAUCCUGUCUAGGUUUCUCCUGAGUUUCUGUAAGAACGUUGAGUUAUGACGGGGAGCGUGUUUAAAACCGAACCGGUCUUUUGGUAACUGAGUAAUAGAAA